AUGGCGUCCCAGAGAUCUAUGUUUAGUGCUAGCCGCAUCCAGGUCUCCACCUACUUGCUGGCUGUCUGUCCUUUCUCAAUUGCUUUCCUGGUCUUCAUCAAUUCAUCCAUUUCCUUCGUUGUCACAGACUUGAUAGGUCUUCAUGAAGGGGAGGGCGAUGCUGUCGGGACCCUCGGCUUCGCUGAUGAGCUACUUGCCUUGGCCGCCUGUCCCUUGUGGGGUGUACUCUCAGACCGUAUUGGUGUCCGCCAGAUAUGCACCGCCGGUUACACCAUCAUCGCUGUCGCCUUGAUCCUCUUUGUCCAGGCUAGAAAUGUUUACCCUCAGCUUCUUCUGGGUAGACUACUAUUCAGCAUAGGCGGCGCCGCGGUUUCAACAAUGGUCACAGCCAUCCUACCAGCAGUUACUGGACGUAGCCCCAGGACUGAGCUUGAAGAAGAACCAGAGCCAAGGACCAUCGUAGCUCCCUCAUCGAGACUCGCCGGUUUCGUUGGCACGUGCGCCGGGUGUGGUGCCUUGAUAUCCCUUGUGGUUCUCCUCCCCUUGCCAGCUCAAUUUCAACAGUGGGGACUCUCUCCCGCGAAAUCUAUCCAGUAUAGUUACUACACGGCGGCUGCGUUGGCUCUUGUGGUCAGUGGUUGUUGCUUCGUCGGACUUAGAAAUCUUCCUGGCGAAGACGGCAAGGCAUGGACGUCACUUUGGUCACCUUUGCGGACCGAGCCUCGAUCUUUCGAACCCAGAAAGAACUUUUAUUCCACGUUAUUGUCCCGGUUUCCAUAUCUGAAACAAUUUGGCUCUGCAAUCAAGCUAGGACUUCGCAACCGCGACAUCCUUAUCGGUUAUAUUGGGGGGUUCGUAGCUCGAGCCUCCUCUGUCGGCAUAUCGCUAUUUAUCCCCCUGUUUGUGAAUAGCUAUUAUCACAAGACAGGCCUUUGUGAUGGACAAUCUGCGGAAGGAGCCAACCCUGGGGAUAUCAAGCGGUCCUGUCCAAAGGCCUACGUGCUCGCUUCCAUUUUGACCGGGGUGUCUCAGCUUAUAGCGCUUAUUGCAGCUCCAGCCUUCGGUUACUUAUCGGAAAAGCCUCGACGGUAUCAUUUACCGCUUAUCGUGGCCUGCCUUGCUGGAGUCGUGGGCUAUCUGUUGCUCGCGCUCGCGCCCAGUCCCGAAUUCAAAGGCGAAAGAGGGAACCCUGGAAUAUUUGUAGUGAUGGCUUUAGUUGGGAUUAGCCAAAUUGGUGCCAUUGUGUGUAGUUUGUCGGUGCUGAGCAACGGUAUCUUGAGCUUGACCAAUUCAGUCGAGGCAGCAGAGACUGUAGCAGGCAACAGCCGGGCCCCGACCACUGGUCCCCAAUUCGACGAACAACAGCCCUUGCUGGCUGCUGACCGAAAACAGCCGCAGCCCUCGGACUUGAAGGGCUCAAUCGCAGGAAUAUAUUCUCUAUUUGGAGGGGCGGGGAUCUUGUUGCUCACCAAGCUUGGAGGGAUACUGUUCGAUGUUUUGUCUUCAGACGCCCCUUUCUACAUCAUGGCAGGAUUCAACGGUGUGCUGAUGAUUGCCUGCGUCGUUAGCGGUCUGAUCAUCACCUUGGAAGCGAGUCAGUAG